CAGUGGGACAAGGUUCCUGCCGGCGAAGCUCGGCCCUUUCUAGUUUGGGACACAAACGCGAAACUAUGUAUAGCUAGGCGCGCGCAUAGUCUCCAGCCGCCUUAAUGUCUGAGAAGGGAAUGUCAUUAUUCCCUUCUCAGACAAGGCAGCUGGUUCACGAGACUAGCGCGCGCAACUUGUUACAUGCCAUUUUCCAAACCUCUUCCAGAAUGGCGGAAAGCCCAGGUGCCACGUCCAUUCGAGCGUUUGAGGAUCAUCAAGGCAAUGUUCUCGCAAUCGCGGUCUCCCCUGAUGGAGGUCGUAUGGUGACAGGCUCGAAAGACAAGACCCUUCGUCUAUGGGACUUGAAAAAUGGCCUUAUCUUGAAAAACAUGCAGGGAAAUCGUGACUGCGUGUGGGCAGUGGCAAUAUCACGAGACGGGCAACUCAUCACAAGCGGGGAUGACAAGGGAGAGCUCAUCGUUUGGCACGGUGUCACUGGUGAAUCUCUCACCGCCAUUAAAGCUCACUCCUGGUCGAUCUUCUCGAUGGAUUUUUCUCCCAACAGCAAAGUACUGGCAACUGGUUCACGCGACCAAACCACGAAGCUUUGGUGCACCAAAACGUGGAAGUUGCAAGGAAAUCCAAUCGCUUGUCGUGCAGUUGUCUACUGCGUUCGGUAUUCGCCAGAUGGCGAACUUCUUGCCAUCGCGACAUUCAGUGAUAUCCAAAUAUUGAAUACGCGCACAAGGGAUUGUAUCGCGAACUUUCGCGCGGCGAUCAGUCCAGCAAACAAUAUCUCACUCGUGUGGACGCCUGAUGGCAGACAACUUCUCUCAGCGGGUUCUGGUUCUGAUCCCACCAUACGUUGUUGGGAUUCAUUAACCUGGAAUCAGGUUGAUAAUCCUUGGAGCGGGCACACCAAAUUUAUCAACGCCAUUGCCCUAAAUUCUGCUGGUACGCUCGUUGCCUCUGCAUCUCAUGACACCUAUGUCCGUCUCUGGCGUCUCUCAGAUCGACGAACCCUUUCCGUAUUCAAGCACUCUGGUGCAGUGUGCUGUGUCACCUUCUCCGCAGAUGGAAAGCACCUCUUGAGUGGAGGUCAUAAUAAAAAAGUCUUAGAGUGGACAGUACCCGAAGACGCUUUACCGGUGGACGUUCCCAUGGAACAUUCAUUGAACAUCGACACUUUGCGGCGAGACACCCCAGGUGGUCAGCGGAACAAUAAGCCUCGAGCUUUAGAACCUAAGAUCCUCUUUAUGAAUACGACAAUACGCAAUGCGUGCUUGGUUGGAGACUUGCAUAUUGCUGAAGCGAUGCUAACAAAGGAGAUCGACGCCGAUGGUAGCAACUAUAACACCUAUGCCAAUCACUCCGUCGUUAUGGCGCGAAAACUUGAUUGGGAUUGUGCUCUUGUUGAUGCAUGCAAGUCCGUGAACAUUCAGCCCUCAUUAUCGGGCUUAAUCUCGAAGGGUAUUGCACUCUGCGGGAAAAUGCAAUUUGAGGACGCGAUGAAAGCAUUUGACCUCGCGUUCACGUUCACGAACGAAGAUUCAAAGACUGUUCAUUUACUUCUAUUGAUCAAGGCCAUCGCACUCUUCAAUGCAAAUCAACGAGUGGACGGAAUGCAGCGCCUUCAAGAACUUGCCAUCACUUGUCCUAAUGUCGAUAAUAUUGCGUAUGGCGUCGUAGAAGCUUAUCUUCUUGUCCGACUUGGUACCGGUGCCUUGGAUAGUGGGCAUCACAACGAAGCUGCUGACCGUUUCGCCGAAGCUGUUCAUGCCAUUGGCUUUUCGUCUGAAUCAGCCAUUCAUUCUACGUAUGAGGACUUCGUUGUGCUCUUCGGAUGGGACCUGAAGUCCUUGUGGCAAACUGCACACCAGAAAUGGUGUGAGGCACUUCUUUGCGCGGGUAGACUUAUCGAAGCUGUUAGAUCAUUUCGAUAUAUGAUGGAUGCGAGCGAUGAAACUACGAAGGCCGCUUGCCUUGAUUGGUCCAUUGCGUUUAGGCAAAAUUGCAGUGCGCGCUAUGCUGCCAAUUUAGAUGCUGCUCUCGUUGCGAGCGGUAAUGCCGUCCUUGCUGCAGGUGGAGAUGCCGCCCUCGCUGCAGAUGAUUAUGACAGGGCUAUUGAACUAUACUCGGCAGCGAUUGACCUAGAUUCUGCAACCGAUACCAUUUAUGCGAAUCGCGGUGUGGCCAAGUCGAAAAAAAUGCUAUGGGAGGGUGCUAUUGUCGAUGCGCAAGCGGCCAUCGAACUCAAUCCUUCAUCUUAUCGUGGAUACGAGGUGAAACAUAUGGCGCUUUGUGGCGCACAACGCUACGAUGAAGCAAUCGAAGCCUUCCAAAACAUGCUAUCCAAGUUGGAACAUUCCCCCGACAUACAAAUACAAAAGCUGCGCCAGCAGUACGUCGAUCGAUCUGACGUGGAAGUUACUAUUCGAGAGAUUAUUGAAUCUCAACUUGAGAACGCCCCGCUUCGUCUAAUUAACACCUCCAGUGGGCGCUUGUGUGAUCGAAAGGCGCAGAUAAGCGCCUUUGAAACGAGCACAGAGUACAAGGAGCUUGUGUCGUCAACUACGAAGCAUGCAGACCUUCAUAAAAAGCGCAUCAAAGACGUGGUGGCGCCGUACUUCCACUAUGUUACACUAUCACAUAGGUGGGACAGAAAGGAGCCGCUGCUGCGGGACAUCCAGGAGGAAGACGUGUACAGGUUGGAUCCAGUUGAUAGUGUCGUCAAGUUGCAGUCAUUCUGCAAAGCUUCUCGUGAUGCGGGAUAUCGCUGGGCGUGGAAUGAUACAUGCUGCAUCGACAAGAAUAACAAUGCAGAGGUGCAAGAAUCAGUCAACUCCAUGUUUAUCUGGUAUCACCACUCAGCUCUCACGAUUGUCUACCUUUCGGAUGUUCCGCCUUCAUCCAAGUCUGGUGCAUUGGCGAAGAGUGAGUGGAACAGGCGAGGAUGGACCUUUCAGGAAUUCGUGGCUCCCAAAGUCGUGCUCUUUUACCAGAAGGACUGGACCCUUUAUCUGGACGACCGCUCCCCCAACCACAAAGACUCUGUCGCUAUCAUGAAGGAGUUGCAAGAUGCGACAGGCAUAGAUUCGCGUACCCUCGUCGCAUUCCGUCCAGGGAUGAGCGGUGUCCGAGAAAAACUCCGAUGGGCGUCGAUGCGUGUCACCACGAUACAGGAAGAUAUUGCAUACUCAUUAUUCGGCAUCUUCGGCAUUCACCUACCCGUUAUCUACGGUGAGAAGAAGCAGAACGCUCUCGGGAGGCUCUCGCAGGAGAUUGUAGCUCAGUCGGGCGACAUCACUGCGCUGGACUGGGUCGGACGAUCAUCCGAGUUCAAUAGUUGUCUGCCAGCCGAAAUCACCUCGUAUACAGCACCGUCAUGCACCCUACCAUCUUUGUCUGAAGAUCAGUUUCAGGAAACUAUCUCCUCGCUGCGGAAUACCGUGUCUGUAGAUUGGGCUUCAAGAUUGUACAGCGCGCUUAACAACUUGAGCGCGCCCCGUUUCUCUCAACGUCGGCUUCAUCUGCCCUGUAUCACAUUCACUGUCACAGAAUCCAGACGGAGGCGUGAUCAAGGCGAGAAGACGUAUUUCACCUAUGAAGUCAAGGCACAAGGACUUCAUGAUCUGCUGAUCACCACAGAAGAUAAGCUGGUUCAAUUUUCACCAGCAAAGCCCAUCCUGCAGACAUUCUUGCUAGUCUAUCCGUGGAAUCGGCGCCUCCUCAAGUUGCCUGACUUCGCAGAACCGUCUGAUAUUUGGGACAGUACGCAGAGCGAGGAAAGUUUUGAGGACGAUAUGCAGAGCGAGGAAGAUUGCUGGGAGGAUACGCAGAGCGACAAAGAUUGUUGGGACGACACGGAGAGUGAGGAAGGUUUUUGGUCCGCGCCUCAGUCUCCAUCACACGAUUUACCCGUCAAGCUUCCUGAAGAAUGUUGGACUGAAUCAGAGUCUCACUUGCAAGCGUUGCAAUUGAUUGUUCGUCUUGGACAGCCUUUUGGCGCAUUUCUACUAGCGCAGCAGCGUGGCGGAGAAUACAAGAGAAUCGCGUCAGAUCAUGAUAUCAUUGCACAAGUCGAGGACGUGGCUUCCAUCAACGAGAUGAUGGACAUCAGGACACUAGAGAUACUGUAGUGUCUAUCUUACCCUCUACUUAUAUUGAUGUAUCUUUUGUAGACUGUUAGCCAAAUUAUCUACUCUGGUUGACCACUGUCCAUCGAGGAUGUAUUUUACAUUAUUAGAAUGCUGGCGAGGGUACACCCUAAAUGGACCUUCGUGGCUUCGAGUCUGAUCCAUAUCUAUGAUCUUCGAUUGCUAUUUGAGGCGGCGCUUACGAAAAUUUGGCAAGGGAUGCUAAUUUUUAACUUAGAUCGCAUUGAAAUCUGGUACGCAACGACAGUGGCGACCCAUCGCUAUCUGCGAACUUCUAUGCUGUUCCAUUUUGAAAUGCAAGACACUAGG